AGCUACUGUAUCAUUCUUUUCCUUUUGAAUUUGAUUUCAUUAAGGGAGGAAGAAACAAGAUGAAAUACCCAGGUCUACAGAUGUUCAUGGACAACUUGAAACAGCUCAUUUACUGUAAUCAUAAUCUAGUCAUCAACAAUCCAUUAAUUCUAUCUCAAAGGCCUCAAUUCCAACUGCUUUAUCAAGAGCUUGGCUCCAUGAUUCAAAUCCUUCUCGAUGUCCAUGAAAAUCAUCAUCUAUAUGAGCUCGAAAAAGUUGAAAAUCUGAUGAGAAGAUUCAAAGAUGCAGUAGAAGAAGCACAAGAUAUCAUUGAUCUAUUUCUAUCCGCUGUUCAUUCCAGAAGUAGAGGACUUUUCACUAGACCUGAUGUCUUUAAAACCUCCCUGGAUCUGGAGAAUGCCAUGAGAUGUAUCGAGUCUAUUAAGGUGGAAUUCAUGACUAUGAUCAACAUCGGUAACUUGAAUCCAACUCCAAGAAUUGACCGCCUGAAAACACAGUCUGCUGAUGCUGGUACCAGAAAUCUAUCAGGAACAAAGAAACCAUUGGAAGAAGUUGUUGUGGGGCUUGAUCGUGAUGCUGAGCUCAUACGUGACAAACUUGUUGAAGAUACAAAGCAACUGGAUGUCCUCUCUAUUGUUGGUAUGGGGGGACUCGGAAAGACUACCCUGGCUACCAAACUAUUCAAUGAUCGUUUCAUUGUAUAUCAUUUCCAUGUUCGAGCUUGGGCCACUGUUUCUCAAACAUAUAUAAAACGAGAUUUUUUGAUUCAAAUUCUGACAUCCAUCGGUGUUCAACAUGACCUUGAAGAAGCCAAUGACUCUAAACUUCGUGAAAAGUUGCACAAGCACCUAAUGGGUCGAAGAUAUUUGAUUGUCAUUGAUGAUAUCUGGAGCAGUGAGGCUUGGGAUGACUUGAAAUUAUUUUUUCCCCAUGAGAACACCGGAAGUAGAAUUUUGCUCACUAGUCGCCUCAAUGAAGUUGCUUUGCAUGCGAAACCACAUGGGUUCGUCCACUCCUUGCCUUAUUUGACAGAAGCACAAAGCUGGGAGUUAUUGUGCCAGAAGGUGUUCCAUGGCGAUGAGUGCCCUGGCUGGUUGAUUAAACCCGGAAUGCAAAUUGCAAGAAAAUGUCAAGGACUACCACUUUCGGUGGUUGUCAUGGCAGGAAUUCUAGCAAAAGAAACGACGAGAUCAUAUUUGUGGGAGAAUAUUGCUUGCAGUGUCGGUUCUUACAUUCUUAGUGACCAGGAAUUAGGAUGCUUGGAAACACUAGCUUUAAGUUACCACCAUUUACCUCAUCACUUGAGAGAGUGCUUUCUUUAUCUAGGAGGCUUCCCUGAAGACUUUAGAAUCAAUGCAAAAAGGUUGACAUGGUUAUGGGUGGCGGAGGGUUUUAUUGAAGAAGAUGGAAAUCGAAGUGCAGAGGAGACUGCAAGCACUUACCUUAUGGAUCUAGUCGACAGAAGUCUUGUAAUUGUUGCAGAAAGGAAGUUUAAUAGCGAAAUCAAAGCUUGUAAGCUCCAUGAUCUUGUGAGGGAACUAUGCCAGCAAAAAGCAAAAGAAGAAAGAUUUUUCAUCAAAAUAGACUCUCCGCCAUUCUCUUCUUUACUCGGUGUUAUUAAACCAUAUGAGGUUGUUAUGCCAUAUAAGCAACGGUUUGUGUUUACAAAUCAAGAUAUCAACAUUGUGAACAUUGCUCAUCCCCCCACCCCAAGCAUUCGAUCCCUUUUUGGCUUUCAUAAGGACUCACGCUUGAUCUACGACAUUGCAAAGUAUUUCCAUUCCUUUGCGCUUCUAAGGGUGUUAAAUCUAGGAAAGUGUAAACUGCAUUAUUUUCCACAAGGGAUGACAUUACUGGUUCAUUUAAGGUACCUUGCAAUUUGUUACUCAUGUGAAUUCCCAUGCUCAAUAUGCAAUUUAUGGAGCCUUCAGACCCUCAUUCUUGAACGUAAUUUUGGUGUUGUGCAUUUACCCCAUAACAUAUCAGAUUUGGUGAAUCUGAGGCAUUUGUGGAGUACCAGGGAGAUUUUUCUUCUUACUAUUGAAAAACCAAUGAACUUGCAUUCCAUUUCGAAAGUGAGGUUAAGAGAUGGGGCAGGUAAUUUCGGGAAAUGUUUUCCUAGCAUCAAGAAGCUUGGAUAUACUCUUAUUUCGGGUGAGGAAGGCCGCUUUGAAUCUCUACCUUACCUUGAAACCUUGAAGUUAAGCUCCAAAAUGCAUGGACCGAACGUUAGACUGAAUCAUAUUCGGUUUCCUGCAACGUUGAAAAAACUUACACUUGUAGAGUGUCAUCAACCUUGGAGCAAUAUAUCAAUCAUUCAAUCGUUACCUAACUUGGAGGUUCUCAAAAUAAAAUACGGUGCCUUUGAGGGAACACAGUGGAAUGCAGGUGAGCAACAGUUUGGCCAGCUAAAAUACUUGAGUCUUGAGGUGUUAGAUAUCAAACAAUGGGAAGCCUAUAAUACAAGCUUCCCAUGUCUCAAACGAUUAGCAGUGAGGUCAUGCCGUAAUCUUGAAGAGAUCCCGCUUGAAAUAGGGGAAAUCGCCACCCUUGAGCUUAUUGAAAUUUACGAAUGUGUUAACUCCGCUCUUAUGAAAUCUGCUGAAAGAAUUCUGAAAGAACAACAUGAUCAGGGAAACACUGAGCUAAAGAUCACUGAAGACGGAAAGGAGUUAUCCAUUUAUUUAUGUGAGCAUGAGGGUUCGGAGUCUGAAUGAGAAUAAUUAAGGUAGAGUCUCGUGGAGUCGCAAGUGACUCAAUCAAUGUUCGUUUCAUAAGUUACAAUGAUAGCCUGGAGUCACCGCAUUUGAACCUCCGUGGCCACAAGGGGAUUUUUAUUCCUCCUUGGAUUUGAAUCUGGGACCUCCUGGUACUUUUGACCAAUGGAGCCAAGCUCAAACCAAUCAUGCACUACCUUGUGGUUGAUAUCUGCAUAUGGUGUUUUCAAGAGAUGAAGAUGAUGCAAAUGAUGUUCACGGUGUUCAUCAUUUUGGUCCUGUUUCAAGACGAAGUCUGGUUGUGUUUGUGUGCUUACAGUUUCAACAGCAACUGUUUCUUCAUCAGGAAAUGCAAUUUGACUCCUGAUCAACAUCUGGAAAAGAGAGGCAUCACCACCAUGUCAUCGUUCUAAUUUAAAGUCAUAUCUUAAGUUGCUAGAACUUAAGAAUUACCGGUAAACGCUUAUUGAGUAAAAAUUUGGAUAAAUAUCUUCCAAGUGUAAAUAUAUCAUCCUUAAAAUAA